CGAUCCUCUCUCUGCUCAGCUUUUGCUCUUUGUUUUGUUUUUGUGUGUUUAUUUUUUUAUUUCGAUUUCACUUCAAAAGAAGAAAUUUUUUUUAGCCAACUAAUUUGCGAACUUUUUUUGGUUGUUUAUAAAGUGGGAAUUUUGUGAUUUUUCUUUUUGUUGGUUUUUGGGAUGCUGAUGGGAGAGGUCUGAGUUUGAGAGAGUGAUGAAGGUGACGGGGAAAGUUAGUUUACGCGCCGCAUUAUCGGGUAGGAUUCCGAAGGACGCGGAUCUCAAGCCGGCGACGAAGCGGAAGACACGGAACAGGAGGUGGAAACGGGUCGUUGGUACGCCGGUUGUGGGGAGGCGGAGUAGGCCGGAGACGCCUUUGAUGGAAUGGAAAGUGGAGGAGAAAGAGAAAGAGAAAGAGAAAGGUCGUGGAGUUGAAGAGGAGCACGCGGAGGAGGAGGAAGUCGAGGAGGAUGGCUGCAGGAGAGGUGGUGGUCGUGGAAGUCGGAGGCAAGGUGUUUCGAAAGUGUCCGCGAGGAAGCUUGCAGCUGGAUUGAGGCGGUUGCAGUUGCAGGAGACGGUGGCGCCCGGUGGAGCAGGCAGGAGCGACUGGUUAGGGUUCAAGUCUGGUAAAGAUUUUAUGGGUGUUCCAUACCUUUAUCAUCAGAAGGACAAAAAUCAUGGCUUAGAGGAUCCAUUACAGAGCCCAAGUUCGGUCUCUGGCGAAAAGAACGGCCUCCUGCGUAAGAUCGAGCCUUCAAUUCAAUUUUCAAACUCUGCAAUGGAGGGAGCAACAAAGUGGGACCCUGUCUGCUUAAAAACAACGGAUGAGGCACGGAAAAUUUACAACCACAUGAAGCGUAUUGACCAACAAGUAAGUGCUGUGUCAAUUGUUUCUACCCUUGAAGCUGAGCUAGCACAGGCUCGAACUCACAUUGAGGAGCUUGAGACUGAGCACCGGUCCUCGAAGAAGAAACUUGAGCACUUCCUGAGGAAGGUUAGCGAGGAAAGAGCUACAUGGCGGAGUAGAGAACAUGAGAAGAUACGUGCCUUUGUUGAGGAUGUCAAAGCUGACUUGAAUCGAGAAAAGAAAAAACGCCAGAGGCUUGAAAUUGUUAAUUCCAAAGUGGUGAAUGAGUUGGCUGCUGCCAAGUUAUCGGCAAAGCAAUAUAUGCAGGAUUAUGAAAAGGAAAGAAAGGCCAGAGAACUAAUUGAAGAAGUAUGCGACGAGCUUGCUAAGGAAAUUGGAGAAGACAAGGCUGAAGCGGAGGAAAUUAAGAGAGAUUCCAUGAAGCUUCGGGAGGAAGUCGAUGAGGAAAGAAAAAUGUUGCAGAUGGCUGAGGUCUGGCGUGAAGAACGUGUUAAGAUGAAGCUCAUUGAUGCGAAGGUAGCACUUGAAGAGAGGUAUUCACAAAUGAACAAGCUUAUAGCUGAUUUGGAAACUUUUCUAAGGUCAAGAACUGGAAAUCUUGAUGUGAAAGACUUGCGAGAAGUGGAAUCACUAAGACAGGCUGCUCUGUCAGUUAACGUUGAAGAAAUCAAGGAAUUUACAUAUGAGCCCGCAAACCCGGAUGACAUAUUUGCUGAUUUCGAAGAUGUGUUAGCUGAAGCAAACGAAAGGGAAAUUGAACAAUGUACUGCAUAUAGUCCUGCCAGCCAUGCCUCAAAAGUUCAUACAGUGAGUCCUGAGAUGAAAAUGAUGAAGAAAGACAGCACGGCUAGACAUUCAAACGCACUAUAUAAUCAGAAUGAUGAGAUAGAGGAAGAUGAGAGUGGGUGGGAAACUGUCAGCCCUUUCGAGGAUCAGGGUUCAAGUUAUUCACCCGAUGAAAGUGCUGCAUCUGCAAGCAAGAAUCACCAGGACAGCAAUUUCUCAGGUAGUGGAACUGAAUGGGAAGGAAAUGCAUAUGGAGAUACCCCAAACACAGAGAUUAGCGAAGUUUGCUCAUUGCCUGCUAGGAAGUCGAAGGUGUCGUCCAUAGCAAGGCUUUGGAGGUCAUGCCCGAACAACGGAGACAAUUACAAGAUAGUCUCCGUAGAAGGAGCUCAUGGCCGGCUUUCAAAUGGAAGAACAUCUAUUGGGAGUUUUGUAUCCCCUGAUCGAGGAUCGGGUAAAGGUGGCUUCAGUCCCUCGGCGGGACAGUGGAGUUCACCCGACUCUAGUCAUUCACACAUAAUGAAAGGGAUGAAAGGAUGCAUGGACUGGCCUCGUGGCGCACAGAAGAACAGUUUGAAGGCAAGACUUUUGGAGGCAAGGAUGGAAAGCCAAAAGGUCCAACUACGGCAUGUUCUUAAACAGAAGAUUUAGAAGUUGAUGGUGAUUUCAACAGAGGUUUCCACCUGAGAGAACAUAUUCGUCAUACUCAAGGCACCUUCUGCUGCUAGUUUGGAAUUAGUUAAAAGUUAAAGGAGAAUCUCAAUAGAAAACACCCGGUUGGUCCCAUAGAUUAUCUGAUUUUCCGGUUAUCGAGUUCUUACCCCUAGAGUCGGGUGAUGUUCCUCAUGAAACAGGUUAGUUGGCUCAUCUUCUUUUAUCCGUAGCUUGUAAUUCUACAUGGUGACAUUGCCAUUCUCUAUGUUAUAAAGCAAUACGUGCCAUUUGUAUUGUAUCACUCGAGGUUAUCAAGGAAAACAUGUUCAUGGUAGACUGAAAUAAUAU